AUGAUGCCAGGUCUUAAGUCUAAACUGACCUAUUUCUUGACAAAUCCGAAACAGGAGAUAGUUGCAAUACGUCUAACAUCAAUUAUGGAACGACCGAAGGAGGGAGAAGAACCUCACUCGCCAUUUGAUUACAACGCGAUUUCGCCAAGAGGACGACUUCUCGUUGAUCUCGUAGAACGGCUUGAAGAAAAGGUUGAACUAACAACAAUAAAGUUCACGACAAUUAUUUUGAUGGAGCUUUAUAAAAAUAGUAAGUUCUUGGCAACACAGCAUUCUAAAUUAUUUCGCCCUAUUUUGAGCAGAAAACAGUCAAAAUCUAAACCUGAAAUACCGCACUUUCAGCUGUGGUCAUCGCUCCCACCACACGUCAAGAAACUUUUAUACCUAGCCAUCAUUUCUGUACACAAAAGUUGCGCCCGUCGUGGACUUGCCUACAAACUAAUGCACUACAAGAUAGACGAUGCAAUUCGGCAAGGUUGUCAAGGUUGGGUAUCUGAAGGAACAGCCUACAACUCGCAAAAGAUGUUCGAAAAAAUGGGAUUUAAAGUACUUUACGAACUGAAAGACUCUGACCAUCUCGAUGAAAAAGGCAAACAAAUCUUCAAAUGCCAUGAUCGCACCAACUCCUCUAAGCUGGUCUUCUUGCCGUUUUAA